UGUCGUGCUAUUGAGAAGUUCGUAUCGCUCUCCGGUAACUCGCGCAAGUACGUUUACGCGCAGGGAUAAACAAAACAAUGAAUGAACAUUUCUCUCAGGAAAAGUGAAGUGUUGUGCAUCAACAUGCGGUGUUUAGUUCUGGUGACGCUACUCAUGUGCGGGUGUUCCUCUCUGCAGCACGAUACUUUUAUCGAAGAUGAAAUCCCUCCUCACGGAAAAUGUCAGAGGAUAAACAUACCUUUCUGCACCGGGAUCCAGUACAACGAGACGAUCCUGCCGAACUUGCUGGGGCAUACGACAUUGGAAGACGCUGGCAUGGAAAUUCACCAGUAUUUUCCCCUGGUGAAGAUCAACUGUAGCCCGGACUUACAGUUCUUCUUGUGUUCCGUCUAUAUGCCCGUGUGUACCAUCCUGGACCACCCCCUUCCUCCAUGUAGGUCGCUAUGCAUCUCCUCCAAGUUAGGGUGCGAGGGUAUCAUGCUGAAUUUUGGGUUCCCGUGGCCGGAUAAUUUGAACUGUGAUAAGUUCCCCGAUAAAGGGUUGGAUCCCGAGCAACCAGAACCCCUUUGCGUGGGGAACAACACGGUAUCUCCUACGCCUCCCACUGAAACUGUUCCGUAUCAUCCAGUGCCUAAAUUCAAGUCUCCUUACCACGGCAAAGAUUUCGGCUUCGUUUGCCCUGAGCAGUUCAAAGUUCCUGAGGUUCUGGAAUACUCCUUCAAAGUGGGAGACAAGACUGAGAAAAACUGUGGGGCGCCGUGUCACCUGAUGUUUUUCGAAAACAAGAGGCAGUUUUCCCGCGUGUGGAUUGGUACCUGGGCGAUACUAUGCACCGCGAGUUGCUUGUUCACAGUUUGCACCUUCCUCAUAGAUACUGAUAGGUUUCGCUACCCGGAACGGCCCAUCAUCUUCCUCUCCGUGUGCUACAUGAUGGUCGCCAUAGCCUACGUGAUAGGAUUUCUCGCGGGUGACGUGAUCGCUUGUCGGGAACCAUAUCCCAGCAAGCACGGGAUCAUCACUGAAAGUACCAUCACGCAGGGUACCAAGUACGAGCUGUGCACGAUUCUCUUUAUGGUGUUGUACUUUUUUAGUAUGGCGUCAAGUAUUUGGUGGGUGGUGUUGACUCUGACGUGGUUUUUGGCCGCUGGAUUGAAGUGGGGCCAUGAGGCCAUAGAGGCCAACUCGCAGUAUUUUCAUCUGGCUGCUUGGGCUAUACCAGCUAUCAAGACUAUCAGUAUUUUGGCUAUGGGAAAAGUAGAUGGU